CUAACUCUCCACUGAGAGCUCUCAUUCUUCCUCUGUAUUCCCCCCAUCCGCCAUCGUAGGCCCUCCAUCCAUGGCUGCCGCCGCCGCCGAGAUGGCUCUUGUGAAGCCGAUGUCGAAGUUCUGUAGCAGGAGGUCUGAAUUCGGAAGCCCUAGAACGAGAGCAAUUCCAUUCUCUUACUCCAAAUUCACCGCCAUUAAAAUGUCUGCAACUACUUCUCAAUCGCCUCCGAAGCCCUCGAAGAAUGCCAACAAGGCUGUGAUUAAGGAGACGCUUCUGACGCCGAGGUUCUACACUACCGAUUUCGACGAGAUGGAGACUCUCUUCAACACUGAAAUUAACAAGAACUUGAACCAGGCAGAGUUUGAGGCUUUGCUCCAGGAGUUCAAGACUGAUUAUAAUCAGACGCAUUUUGUGAGGAACAAGGAGUUCAAGGAAGCUGCUGAUAAAAUGGAAGGUGCUCUCAGGCAAAUCUUUGUGGAGUUUCUUGAGAGGUCUUGCACUGCUGAGUUUUCGGGGUUUUUGCUCUACAAGGAGCUGGGAAGGAGGCUUAAGAAAACUAAUCCAGUGGUGGCAGAGAUUUUCUCCCUGAUGUCAAGGGAUGAAGCCAGGCAUGCUGGGUUUUUGAACAAGGGUUUAUCUGAUUUCAACUUGGCAUUGGACUUGGGAUUCCUGACAAAGGCUAGAAAAUACACAUUUUUCAAGCCCAAGUUCAUCUUCUAUGCAACAUACUUGUCUGAGAAAAUUGGAUACUGGAGAUACAUAACCAUUUACAGACAUCUCAAGGCCAACCCUGAGUUCCAAUGCUAUCCCAUUUUCAAGUACUUUGAGAACUGGUGCCAGGAUGAGAACAGGCAUGGCGAUUUCUUCUCUGCAUUGCUCAAGGCACAGCCUCAGUUCCUCAAUGAUUGGAAAGCUAAGCUCUGGUCCCGCUUCUUUUGCUUAUCGGUGUAUGUGACAAUGUAUCUCAAUGAUUGCCAAAGAACAGCAUUCUAUGAAGGAAUUGGCCUUAACACUAAAGAAUUUGACAUGCAUGUUAUCAUUGAGACCAACCGCACGACGGCGAGAAUUUUCCCAGCCGUACCGGACGUGGAGAAUCCCGAGUUCAAGAGGAAACUGGACAGGAUGGUUGAGAUCAAUGAGAAGCUGCUUGCUGUUGGAGAAACCAAUGAGGGUUCUGUAGUGAAGAACUUGAAGAGGAUCCCACUUGUUGCAGCAUUGGUGUCUGAGAUAUUGGCUGCAUAUUUGAUGCCUCCGAUUGAGUCUGGAUCUGUUGAUUUUGCAGAGUUUGAGCCUAAACUUGUGUACUAAAUUUUUGUAAUUAGCUCAUACUCCACUCAUCUUUUUAGUAUGGUUCAGUUUGAAUGAGUGUGAUAUGUUGUCAUGUAAUGUUUGUAAAAAUAUCAUCACAAACAUUGAGUAACGAAGUGGUCUUAGUUUAUAAUGUUAAUCACCCUCUGUGUUCUGCUUCACCU